ACAAAUCACAGAGUCGAUAAAGCAGGCAAUCGAUGCCGCAGUCAACUUGGCGAUUGCUUCUCCUUCCUUUCCCUCCAUUAAAUCGAAAACGUUUCAGAGAGUUUAAACAACGAGAGACGAAGAAGCAAGGAUGAGCACAAUCACAAUUCCAGAUAUUAUCCCCUCUCUUAAAGAGGAUUGUCAGAGAUUGCGAAAGGCUUUUCAAGGGUUUGGGACGGACGAAAAGGACAUUAUCGAGGUAUUGGGGCACAGAGACGCCCGCAAUCGCGCAGAGAUUUCCCGCUGCUAUUAUAUGCUAUACAACGAAUCCCUAAUCUAUCGCCUUAAAUCGGAGCUCUCCGGUGAUUUCCAAAGGGCUGUGAUCUUAUGGACUGAAGAUCCAUCAAAAAGGGAUGCGGAGUUGGCGCAUAAGGCGUUAGAGCGAAAGAAAGAUCAAGACAUAUGGGUCAUCUUAGAGAUAGCUUGUUCCUCGUCAUCAGACCAUCUGAUUGAAGUGAGACAAACCUACUGCCUCCUCUUCCAUUCCUCCUUAGAAGAAGAUAUUGAAUCUCAAUUUGCUCAACAAGGGCAGCUUAAGGAGUUUUUGUUGCGUCUUGUGAGCUCCUAUAGGUAUGAAGGGGAGGAUGUGGAUGAGCAACUGGUGAAAUCUGAAGCAAACUCACUCUUCUGUGCUAUAAGAGAGCAGAGGCCUUAUCAUGAGGUUAUUCGUGUACUCAGCACAAGGAGCAAGGCUCACCUUAAUGCUAUUUUCCAGCAUUAUAAACAAGAAUAUGGAAUAUCCAUAAUUGAGGACAUAGAGUGCAACAGUGGUGAUGACAAGAAGCUCUCAUCAAUCAUAAAAGUUGCUAUCUGUUGUUUACAGUCGCCAGAGAAGCACUUCGCCCAGGUUGUGAAUACCUCAAUCAUUGGAUUGGGAACAGAUGAGGAUUCUCUUACAAGAGCUAUUGUUACUCGAGCAGAAAUCGAUAUGAAGCUGAUCAAAGAGGAGUAUAAGGACAGAUACAACAGAACACUUCAUGAUGAUGUUGUUGGAGAUACCUCUGGUUAUUACAGGGAUUUUCUGCUCACCCUGCUGGGUGACAAAUAGUGCAUUAGAAACUUAUACAAGUCUAGUAUGAUAGUGAAAUGAGAAGGUCAUUUCAAAGAUAUAAAACAAGAUGAUAACCUGUAGGAAUGAUUCCUGUUUGUGUAUUCUUCAUUGUUUCUCCUAGCAAAAGACUAAAAGCUUCACUGGGAUUGUUACUUUAGUCUAAUAAAUUGCUUAUCAGUUCCAGAUAGCAUGCUGAAAAUUUCCAUU